AUGGCAGCGGCAGCUGGAGCCCAGGUUUCUGGGCUACUAGGUCGUUCCUGGCUGUCGAGCCAGCCUAUGUCAAGUGGUGCUCACAGUGGCGCCCACAGCGAGGAGGGCUCAGAUCGCCUGUGGAAGGCUCUCACCUUCUUCGUGGCGCUCACUGGGGUGGGAGUGAGCAUGCUGAAUGUCUUCCUGAAGUCGCACCACGGAGAGGAGGAGAGACCCGAGUUCGUCCCCUACCCCUAUAUCCGCAUCAGGUCCAAGCCCUUUCCCUGGGGAGAUGGUAACCAUACACUUUCCAUAACCCUCAUGUGAAUCCGCUUCCAAUUGGCUAUGAAGACGAACAAAGAGAACCUGGACCACUACCCAGUGAAGACCACAGCACUGGUUUGAACCAUUAC